CACUGAAUUUACAGAUUUACACCAAUAUUCUAUUAAAAAUGGCGGCAGCAGCCCCCGAAGCCCCAUCUAGAUCAGCUUGUAUAUUCUGUAAUAUUGUUAACAAGCUAGAAAACACAGAAAUACUAUACGAAGAUGAAGACGUUUGCGUUUUUCGCGACAUAAAACCAGCAAGUCGUUUCCACAUUUUGACCAUUCCAAAAAGACAUAUAGAAGACGUUAAAGCCUUAACAGCAGCUGAUAAAGACUUAGUUGAAAAGCUGCUAACCAUAGCCAAAGAGAUGUUGUCCAAGAACAGCCUGUCGGAAGACGAGGCCCGGUUUGGGUACCACUGGCCACCGUUCCGGAGUGUGAAGCACCUCCAUCUGCACACUAUAGCUCCGGAGAGUGAAAUGGGGUUCAUCGGCAGACUGAUAUUUUUUAAGGACUCCUAUUGGUUUGUUUCGCCUAACUACGUGAUGUCAAGACUAUGACGGAGCUAUUAUAAAUAUUCCAUGCACCUGAGCAUAGUACAGGAGAAUUGCCUUAUUAGGGGACAGCUUGUCAUUUGAUUUUGAGCCCGGGAAAGGUGAACAGCCUGGCAUAAAAGAGUAGACAAUAGAGGGCGCCACUGUCUAUGUAAACCGUUUUGCAUGUGGCAACUAUGGAGUCACUUUUCUUUGAGGUGUUGCUAUGAUAAAAAAAAAAUAGGACCAUUUCUACUCUUUUCCAUGUACAGCAGUGGCGGCUGGUGAAAAUUUCUGCUAGGUAACACCAAAGCAAAAAGAAACCUACCUUCAACAUUAGG